GCAUCUACAAACUGAAAACCUAAGUACACUACGUAUGUCCUGGAGUCAAGGACCAUACAAGUACUCCAACCGCAUUAGUCCAAUCAUCCGGAUCAAUGACCAUUGACCCCACUCCAACAAACUUUACAUCUCCUCGGUCGAGGAUAUUAUCGUUCCACCCUUCUAUAAAUCCUUCUCUUCUCGAGUCACCCCCCCACAGCAUCUUACAAUCAUUUCCCACCGUCGGAUUUCUUUCAUACCCAACAUGGCCCAAGAACCCAAGCCGAGCCUAACCCGAGCCUCCCACUCAUUCCGGCUCCGCAGCUCGAGCCUCAAUUCACUCCGGCUCCGCCGCAUCUUCGACGUGUUUGACCGUAAUGCCGACGGCAUGAUCACGGCCCAAGAGCUGGGCCGGGCACUCGAGCAGCUAGGGCUGGAAGUGGAACCCAUCGAGCUCGAGUGCAUAGUGCAAUUAUACGUGAAGCCAGGUAAUUCAGGGCUCGAGUACGACGACUUCGAGGCGUUGCACCGGUCACUCGGUGACUCGAUCUUCAGUGGGGGCAACGACGAUGCAUGUACUACAGAUAGCAGCAGUGCACAAGAGGAAUCGGACCUUACGGAGGCAUUCAAGGUGUUCGACGAGGAUGGAGAUGGCUUUAUAUCCGCCAGGGAAUUGCAAGCUGUAUUGGGUAAGCUUGGAUUCCCGGAAGGGAGGGAUAUCAAUAGUGUGGAGCAGAUGAUAUGUUCGGUGGACCGGAACCAUGAUGGGCUUGUGGAUUUCCAUGAGUUUAAGGAUAUGAUGCAAAGCGUUUCGAUUAUGAGCAUUUGAAGGUAUGUGGGACCUGGUUACAAUCGUUGGAUGGUUGGAUGGCACGAGUGUCCAGGACAUUCAUCAGGUACUGGACACUGUAAUCUGCUGAUUAAUUAGAUCACACUUGUAUGGUAAAAAUGGACGGUAAAAAAAAAAAAAAAAAAACUGUCCAAAAUUUUUCACUACCUUGAUUUUUGGUAUAUGCCAUGCUCAUAGUGUGGGCUACCUAAUGAAUGGUCCAGAUCGAUCGGAUAUGUGGGAACCAGGCCCACAUGGUCUCUCUGAUGAGGGGCAGCUUUCUAUCAAAAGCAGGUAAAGUUUGUAAAAUUGUCAACUCUUGUGUAUGUGUUUUUCUUACUCCUAUGUUUCGAUGGAUUGAAUUUUUGUAGUGGGAGAAUUUCUAUUCUUUUCCA